UCGAUUCUCUCUCUCUUCUCAACCACUUUCUCUCUCUAAAACUUCAUCUUCUCCGAUGAGCUCCAUUCCAGAUCCCGGCGGCGUAUUUGACGACAAGCCGCCGAUUUCAUCUUCUCCGAUGACCAGUUUUGACGACUUUCAACGACAAGCGUCUCUCAUGACGAGUUGCACUCUGUUAUGGAAAGAACUCUCCGAUCAUUUCUCCUCUCUCGAGCAAGACCUUCAGAGAAAAUCCGACGCGAUCAAGCGAAAGAUCACUAACCUAGAUAAUCAGACGAAGGAAUCACUCGAUUUCCUCGAGAAACGAGAAACUACUAUCGACGGUUCAUUAUCAAUUGCGUUUGAGAAAAUGAAAGCUGCAGUUACAUCUCUGAAUAGUACAACACUCGAAGAAGAUGAUGAUUGUAUUGUUAUUGGAGGAGAGGUUGAUAAUGGAGAAGGUUUGCUUUUGAAAUUACGUUGUUUCUGUACUAGAAUGGAUUCAAAUGGUUUUUGGGGGUUUGUGAUCGUGAGGAAGAAAGAAUUAGAGUUAAUGAGGGCUCAAAUGCCGUCGGCUUUGUCUUUAUGUGUUGAUCCGGCUAGGUUUGUAUUGGAGGCGAUUUCUAAGGUUUUUCCAGUGGAUAAGAGAACGGAGAAGAAUGAUAGAUGGAAUGAUUUAGGUUGGGCGUGUGUUUUGAUACUGGAAUCAUUGAUUCCAGUAAUGGUUGAUCCGUUUAUUGGAAAUUUACGGAUGUUGGUGACUCCUAUGAUGAAGGAAAGAGCUAAAGAUAUAGCUGAGACAUGGAAGUUAAGCUUGGAUGAACGUGGAGGGAUUGAAAACGUUAAAACUCCUGACGUACACACGUUUCUGCAGCAUUUGGUGACUUUUGGUAUUGUUAAGAAGGAAGAUUUUGAUUUGUAUAGGAAACUUGUUAUGGGUUCUGCUUGGAGGAAGCAAAUGCCUAAGCUUGCUGUUUCACUUGGAUUGACUGAUCAAAUGCCGGAGAUGAUUGAAGAACUGAUCGGUAAAGGACAGCAAGUUGAUGCAGUUCAUUUCACAUAUGAAGUUGGUCUUAUAGACAAGUACCCACCAGUCCCUCUUCUUAAAGCAUUUCUCAAAGAUUCAAAGAAAUCUGCAAAUUCAAUCUUGGAAGAUCAUAACAACAACUCCGGCAGCCGAGCUGCUGUGGCCAAGAAGGAGCAGUCAGCGCUUAGGGCUGUUGUAAAGUGCAUUGAGGAAUACAAGCUAGAAGAUGAAUUCCCACCAGAGAAUCUGAAGAAACGCAUUGACCAGCUGGAGAAGACAGUGAAGAGUGAGAGAAAGAGGCCGGCCACUGUCCCUGCUAAUAAGAGAACAAGAGCAAGCAGUGGAGGUCCUAUGCCGCCGGCUAAGGCUGGCCGGUCUACAAAUGCAUAUGUCUCGUCUUUCCCUGUUGCCCCAGCUUUCAUCAAAUCUCCAUCUCCUAUCCAUUACCCAGUUUCUCCCUUGAUGUAUGGAAGUAGAAGCAGCCCUCCUGGGGCUCUGCCUGUGACUGGUUAUGGUUGUUACUCGCCGGAAUCAUACCAAUUUGCUCCACCUCCUCCUCCUCCAUUGAACUAUUCCCCAUACGGUGGUGGUGGGUAUAUGGCAGCUAUCUACCAACAGGCUUACUAUCGAUAGACAUGAUGACUACUGAUGAUAAUAUAAAAGGUAACUUCCUUAAGAAAUAAUCUCUAUUAUUAAUGGUAGCUGCUGUAGUUUUGUUUUUAAUGGGGAACUUAAAAUCUUGUGUUUUUCUCUGCUAAUGUUGGUUAUAGACUAAGUAGAAGAAGAACAAAGGUGAUUAGUAGUAUGAUCAGUUGUAGUAUCUCACUUUUAACAAUGGAAUGAAUGAGAAACUAUGAUGAUGAAUUGAUGAUGAUGGGCAUAGUUUUGUUGUCA